UCCAAUUGAUUUAAAAUGUUCACUAUUGUUUGCACGCUUUUUUGGUUUUUAUUCCUGUUGUGUUUCGGUUCCCCUGCGAUAUUAGGAGGAAACACCCACAAAAGCAUGGAGGAAGAGAAGAAGCGUUUUAUUGAAAGAGGGUCCCAUAAAGGGAAAGGCAUUGCCGUGUUCACCAGUGGAGGAGACUCACAAGGUAUGAAUGCUGCCGUACGCGCUGUCGUUCGGAUGGGAAUUUAUUUAGGCUGUAAAGUAUUUUUUAUCAAAGAAGGCUAUCAAGGAAUGGUUGAUGGAGGUAGCAAUAUUGUUGAGGCUAAUUGGUCCUCCGUAUCAUCAAUUAUUCACAAGGGUGGUACUGUAAUUGGAUCUGCCAGGUGUAAAGACUUCAGGGAGCGAGAAGGACGAUUAAAAGCUGCAAAAAAUCUACUCGAAAAAGGAAUCACAAAUUUAGUUGUAAUCGGAGGUGACGGAUCUCUCACUGGAGCUAACUUGUUCCGACAGGAAUGGCCAAGCUUGUUGGACGAACUUCUCAACAAUGGAAGCAUCACGAAAGAACAAAGAGAAAAGUACAGUCACUUGCACAUUGCUGGACUCGUUGGCUCCAUAGACAAUGAUUUCUGUGGUACAGACAUGACGAUCGGCACAGAUUCUGCUUUACACAGAAUUAUUGAGGCCAUUGAUGCUAUUGUAUCCACUGCUUAUUCUCACCAAAGAACUUUUAUUAUGGAGGUCAUGGGCCGCCAUUGUGGGUACUUGGCCAUUGUGACAGCUCUAACAAGUGAAGCUGACUACGUCUUCUGUCCGGAAAUGCCUCCACCUAACGAUUGGCCAUCAAAACUGUGCACCAAACUCGAGCAGGAGAGAACAGCUGGUCAGCGAUUGAACAUCAUCAUUGUUGCUGAAGGAGCCAUAGAUCGAGAAGGUCAACCAAUUACUGCAGAAAAAGUGAGACAAGUCGUCGUAGAUAAUUUAAAGCAAGACACUCGGAUAACAGUUCUAGGUCAUGUACAAAGAGGAGGUAGCCCUUCAGCUUUCGAUCGAGUCCUGGGAUGUCGAAUGGGUGCAGAGGCAGUAAUGGCAUUAAUGGAAGCAACCCCCGAAACAGAGGCGUGUGUUGUGUCCUUGGAUGGAAAUCAAGCCGUUCGCCUACCCUUAAUGGAAUGUGUCGAGAAAACUAAAGCGGUAGCUAAGGCUAUGGCAGAUAAGCAGUGGGAUCUCGCUGUGAAAUUGAGGGGCAGGAGUUUUGCAAGGAAUUUGGAAACCUAUAAGAUGUUGACUCGACUGAAACCUCCGAGGUCUGCCUUUGAUGAAUCGGGUCGUGGAUUGAGUAAGCAAGACACUUUGUGGGGACAGGAAGGGUACACCUUGGCAGUAAUGCACAUUGGUGCUCCCGCGUGUGGUAUGAAUGCAGCAGUGCGAUCUUUCGUCAGAAAUUGUAUUUAUAGAGGUGACACGGUCUACGGAAUUCAUGAUGGUGUAGAAGGUUUUGUUGCUGGAAAUAUUCAAAUUAUGCAGUGGUCGGAUGUAACUGGUUGGGUUGGCCAAGGUGGUGCUAUUCUAGGGACGAAACGUACCCUUCCUGAGGGGAAACUGCCUCAGAUUGCCGCUAGGUUGAAAGAAUACAAAAUUCAAGCGCUUCUCAUAAUUGGUGGUUUUGAAGCUUAUCAAGGUGGAAUUCAGCUGGUCGAAAACAGAGAACAGUUCCCUGAAUUCUGUAUUCCUAUUGUUAUUAUUCCGUCUACCAUUAGUAAUAAUGUUCCUGGAACUGAAUUUUCUCUUGGAUGUGAUACUGCUUUAAAUGAAAUCACUGAGAUUUGUGAUCGCAUAAGGCAGUCUGCCCAAGGUACCAAACGGAGAGUUUUCGUCAUUGAAACCAUGGGAGGCUACUGCGGAUAUCUUGCAACAGUAGCAGGACUUGCUGGUGGUGCCGAUGCUGCGUAUAUUUAUGAAGAAAAAUUUUCCAUUAAAGAUCUUCAACAAGAUGUAUAUCAUAUGGCAUCCAAAAUGGCUGAAGGUGUACAGAGAGGUCUUAUAUUAAGGAAUGAAAAGUGCAAUGAUAACUAUAACACCGAUUUCAUCUAUAGACUCUAUUCAGAAGAAGGCAAAGGGCUUUUCAGCGCUAGAAUGAAUGUUUUAGGUCACAUGCAGCAAGGUGGAUCUCCGACUCCGUUUGAUAGGAACAUGGGAACCAAACAAGCAGCUAAAGCAGUCGACUGGAUCAUCAGUCAGUUGAAGAUUCACGCUCGCGAUGACGGCACCGUUUACGCCAACACGAAUGAAUCGGCUGUAAUGAUGGGAGUUGUCCGUCGUCAGUAUUGUUUUACACCUCUCAUGGAUUUAAAGAAGGAAACCAACUUUGAUCAGCGUAUUCCAAAACAUCAGUGGUGGCUGAAACUGCGACCUCUUCUGCGUAUUCUUGCAAAGCACGAUAGUGCAUAUGAGGAAGAAGGAAUGUAUAUGACCGUUGAGGAAGGAGCUGAAGCAGAUCCUCUCGUCGUGUAAAGUCCUGCCAUAUUCCCCACUGUUGUUAAGUUUACCGUAAGAAUUAUUGUGUUUAACACCCAGUGAUUUAUCUGUAUAGUUUGUAUAUUUUGCAAUACAUUAACACCGUUCCUUUUGCGUUGUCUCAAAGUACCUACGCUGUCUCUCAGAGAAAUCCUAGUUGUGUUUCGUUUCUGAGUUAAAAAUAGUCUAUUUUGUUUUUUUAUAAUUAUAUUUUUGAAAGAUGAUAACAUGUUUUAUCAAUAAGAAUAACAUUUCAAGUGGAUUAUGAAUCUACUCAGUUUUAAUUAGUGUAACUGAUUUACUUUCAUUCAUGUAUUAACCAUGUGUCCUGAGAUACAACAAAAUACAUCUGUAAAUUGUUGAUAGCACUACAUUGCUGAGGAAAAAGGUUGUGUAAGCCCUCAGACGUUACCAUAUUUUUAAUUGAUGAAAAAUGAAUUCACAGGGAAAA